CAUUGAUAUCCGGUGGGAAGGAUUCCUUCUUUAAUAUAUACCAUUGCUUAUCUCAAGGACAUGAACUAGUUGCCUUGGGUAAUCUCCAUCCGGUAAAACCAGAUCAACAUGAGAUCGAUUCAUUUAUGUUCCAAACCGUGGGACAUGAUAUUAUAGAGUACUAUAGUCAGUGUUUGGAUGUUCCGUUGUACAGACAAGCAAUCACUGGGAAUUCUGCCAAUCAAAACUUGGAAUAUUCCCCUACUGACAAUGACGAGAUUGAGGAUUUGUUCUUAUUAUUGUCAAACAUAAAACAACAGCAUCCUGAAAUCGAAGGCGUUAGUUGUGGGGCGAUUCUCUCCCAUUAUCAAAGGACAAGAGUGGAAAACGUAUGUGAACGAUUGGGAUUGACUUCUUUGACCUAUCUCUGGCAAAGAGGACAAGAUGAAUUGAUGAGAGAAAUGUGCGUUGCCCAAAUGGACGCUAGAAUCAUCAAAGUUGCAGCAAUUGGUUUGAACCAAAAUCAUCUCGGUAAAAGCAUUACUGAAUUGUAUCCAACAUUGUAUAAAUUGAAUCAGAUGUAUGACGUGAAUAUUUGUGGGGAAGGUGGAGAGUUUGAAACCAUUG